AAUUGAUGGAUGAUAUUCUUGAUUUCACGGGCACAUCAGCUUCCUUGAGGAAGGGAAGCAAAUGUGGACUUUAAAAGCAGUAUGCCAUUGGCAUUGGCGUAUCAAUUGAUGGAUGAUAAUCUUGAUUUCACGGGCAUAUUAGCUUCCUCGAGGAAUGGUUCUUUAUCUGACAUACAACAUCCAUAAAAAUUUCUUCUUCUUCUUCUUCUUCUUCUAUAAGUCAUCUCUCCAUGAACUCUUAAAAAUUUUCUUACAAACAACAUAUAAGUCAUCUAUCCAUGGAGUCUUAAAAAUUUCUUCUUCUUCUUUGUUCUUCUUCUUGUUGGAGCUAUACAUAUUUACUGUUAUUCCAGAAUUUGAAUGCAGAUUCCUAGAGCUUCUUCUUCUUCUUCUUCUUCUUCUUGGAGCUAUACAUAUUUACUGUUACUCUCUUCUUCUCCUUCUACUUGUUGUUGGAGCUAUACAUAUUUACUGUUAUUAUCCAAUAUAUUUACUGUUAUUAUCCAAUUAUUUGAGUCCUACGACCCUAAAUUUGAAUACAUAUCUUCCACCUCUCUUUAAAAAAAGUUAAAACAUCCAGUUUUUUUUCUCAUAUUAUCAUCUAUGAAUGUGAAAAGUGAGGUUAGGUCUCCCUUUUACGUAUUGAUUUUAGUCAUUAAUUUCUAUAGGAAAAAUAUAACUUGUGACCAUUUUUUUUUUUUUUAUUUCUUUUGUUCUAGCCUUGCAACUUAGAGGAUCAAUGGGUGUGCUUUAGUUGGCCGAGUUUUUUUGGUAGGUAAUGAUGCUGGAAUUUUCUUUUAUUUUUUUAUUGUAUUGUUACUUCUGUUUUCUUUCUUUUUUCUUAAAUUUACUGAGUAGCUGCUUAUGUUUGCCCCUUCCUUUCUCUUUUGCGUUCAUUUUUUUCAUUUCAAUAGUUCUACUGUCUCUCGUGCAAUCAAUUUCCUAUAUCCUA